CACACACACACACACACACACACACACACACACAGGAAUUGGACUCGCGCAGUUUUCCAGGCACCAAACAUAACUGCUCCACCAGUUGUAUCAACAUGUAGUUGGCGCCAUCUUUUGGUUUCCAUAGGAACUGAUAUGCAUGUGAGGGGAGCUGCUGGUGCGCAACUGCGUUGGCCCCGCUGACUCACGAGCUUGCUGCUGGUGACAUUAUCUGUUACAUGGAAGCCUGUCAUGCUGCAGGGUAUGGCAUGCUGGAAAUGUGUGCGACUUUAUGAUGCGCCUCUUCAGUUUUUCUCAAUAGUUCUCACGAAUGCACCAUGGGAAACGCACGGGGGUGCGCAUUUAUAGGGGUCUUGCUCAAGGACAGGCCAUGGAAGCUGAUAACACUGAUGGGUUAAACCCUGAUCUUUGCGCGCGCCUCGCUGUUGCGGUGCUCCAGCUGACAUGUCAAUUCAGGUCUAGAAAAACACAUUUGCUGGGAAAAGUUCUUGAACGGAGAAGCAGAAGUGGGAACCACAAGAGCCCUGUCAUUGCUCUCCGGUGACAAGUGGGCCUGUUUUUACACCUUCUUUCUAAAUAAGGAAGCGGCCUGACAGACAUAUGACCACCGACCCAAUUUGGGAGCAGCCCGAGGGCCCCAUUGCGUCCCAGGCCGCUGAACGUCACCAAUAAGCUUUCUUCCCCUCCAGUCCAGCAGUGACAGUAGACUGUUGCCCCCUCAACCCUUCACCGACUUGGUAUUUUUCUUGGCUACCCCUUAUAUUUUCCCAGCGGUGAAGUCAGCAUGAUGUCAUAGGGAUGCGAUAGCCUUGGCAAGGUUGAAUCAGGGAUUUUGGAGAGUGGCAGCCUGGAAGAUUUAUUUUGAACUCUUACCGAGAGAGACUGUCAGGGGGAAGAGAGAGAGAAAGGAAGAGUGUGUGUGAGAGAGAGGGGCGCGGAUGAGCUGCAAAACAUGGUAAUCAUCACCAACAACAUCACCAUCACCUCCAGCUCUGCCGCGCACUCUCCCGUCUCCUCUCAUCCUCUGCACCGGGGCUUGCGUUUCAUGCCCACAGCCCUGAUCUGCUUACCAAAAAUAACCCUCAGCCAGCAUGCCGAAGGAAGCAAAACAAGAAGAGCGGUAUUUUUAGGGUCAUUAAUUUCGACCACGUGGCCCGACGGUAAACCGGAUGGCCGUUGCGCAAAGGCUCCUCGUCAGUAUGUCCUGCGAGGCCGGCACGCCGCACUGGACGCUGACCGCGGUGGUUCUCCUGGGCUUUCUGCUGGGGAUCGUGUCAGCGUACCCUUUACCGAGCAGCAGGACAAAUACAACUUUGCUGGAGAAACGAUGGGAGACCCUCUUCUCUCGCUCUGUAUUGGGGAUCUCUGGGGAGAAACCGGAGCAGAACUGGGAGAAUGACUAUCUGCUGGGAAUCAAAAGAGUGCGGAGGCUCUACUGCAACGUGGGCAUCGGGUUUCACCUUCAGAUCCUCCCCGACGGCAGGAUAAACGGUGUACAUAAUGAAAACCAGUACAGUCUAAUAGAGAUCUCUACGGUGGAAAGAGGAGUGGUGAGCCUAUAUGGAGUGAAGAGCGAGUUGUUUGUCGCAAUGAACAGCCGUGGAAGGUUAUACGGAACGAAAGUCUUCCAUAACGAGUGCAAGUUCAAGGAGAGCUUGCUCCCAAACAACUACAACGCCUACGAGUCCCUGAUUUACAGAGGAUCCUACAUAGCACUGAGCAAGCAUGGCCGUGUGAAGAGGGGCAACAAGGCCACAACUGCCAUGACUGUUACGCACUUCUUACCCCGGAUAUAAUGAGAAAAAACUGGCAAUAACAAACUAAUUUGCACAUGUGGAUUUUUUCACAGGUAACACAAGUACCACAUACCUACGUACAAACACAGAAGACAACGGAAACUGCAAAAGAAAGAUACACACUUAUAUCUGAUAGUAUUUAUUCAAACUUUAUAUGUAUAUUUGGGUAGCUUACUUUGUAUUAGAAAUGAUAGAAAUGCCAUUCUGUGCUGCUGUUAUGAGUUUUGUUAGUUUGUGGGGAUGGAGAGGCGUCAUUUGGCCCUCCAGUUUUCAUGGGUGCUUGCUGGAAUUUUUUGCCCUCCCAGUGGAUGACAGCUCAUCUUUAAUGAAAUGAAAUGGAGAUAUUACCUCAAAGAAGCAUAUCCUGAGGAGAAUUAGAAAGAGAUGUGUGCAUGAAAUUGACACACAAAGGAAUGUCUGUUUACUUUCAAAGUUUUUAAUUUUCAUCCAUCAAUAAUCUCAACAUUUCUUGUUUAUGUUUGACUGUCUCCGUCACUGUCUGGGCAACCCGAGCACUCGCCAAUAAGUCAGUGUCUUUCCUUGUUUCGUCAUGAGGUGGCUGUGCCUUGAAUUCCUUCUUGCGGCCCCCUUACCCUUGCAUGCGAGAAAUGUGCUGCUCAAGUCAGAAAUAGGAAUGAUUACGCAAGUCAUCACUCCCUCAGACACCAUGGGGGACUUUAGCCUAAUUCCUUGAGGGUCUGAGGUUUCUCCUCUUUAUUCUCUUUCCACAAUUAGAUCAAUUAAGUAAUUGAAACUAUGCUGCACAGGAACCAGUGGAGCCUUGAGUUAACGUGUAAAACUAGAUUUAGAUUCAGAACUCUAUCCCCCACCCCACAUCAUGUCCAUGGGAGCUUUGACAAUCCCUGGUUUGAUUUUCACUAGUUUUGUAGCCGGAUCCUCAAGCCAGACUAAGUGUGUGACUGUUCGCUGUAUGUAUGAGGGUGCAUUUUUUUCACGUAUGCAUGUAGAAUUGUUUUAGAGAUGCUUUAUUUAAAUUGAUGUGAUCAUUUGAGCCUGUGUAGCAGAAUAUCACAGACCCGACCUCUGAGCUGUGUCGGGACUAAACUCUUGGCUGUUGACGACUCAUGCCGGUUCAUUGAACUUGUUUCUGAAGCUUCAGCGUGACGGUGGGAGCCGUUUGCCUUUCACAUGGGUCUGAUGAUAUUUGGCACUUAAAGUAGCGUGUUUACAGAGUACGUCCCUGGUUACUGUAAAUAUGACGGUCUUCUACGUAAAUUUGAUAUAAACCCAAUGUUCCAGUUUGGCCCAGAGAGAAUUGGAACAGUUUAUCAAAAGUGACAUUUUGAUAAAGUUGAUUAUUUAUGCCAGAUAUUUAAGCUAUUUAUGGAUUAUUCAGACUUGUCACUGAGGUAUAUAGUUGGGCUUCUUGUGAAAAACAACAGUCAACCAAAGGGUUCAGGCUUUCUGUAUGCAGCAUUUCAUACUUGAAUUCAUAUAAAGGCUCACACUCCUCUCUGAUACUGUAAUUUUCCAUUGUGGAAACAAACGGAGGCAUAGGUCAAAGCCAACAGAAGACAGUAAAGAUGGACAGAGGACUUACGUGGGGCUCUGUAUGUGACACUGAUUGUUUGUUUAACUUGGCAAGGAUGCGUAUAAUGCCUGGGUUAAAUACCUGAGAGUGAGACCUGCAGGCUCCUCCAUGGCUGAUGUCAGACCGGAUGGUCAGCGCAGGGAAUCUUGUGCAUCUGAGCCAUUUUUUGUACCAAGGUCAGUCAUGGGGGCUGCCUCCUCUACGUUUUCCAUGUUCAUUUGCUUUACAAAGCUCCAUACCUGUUCCACUUUGUUUCUUGGACUUCAGCAUAGAUAUGCGCAAUUUAAACUGUUGUGAUGAGGUGCAUUAAUCAGCGUCAUUUAUUUAUUUUUUAACAUGAUCUGCGGUUUACUGGAACUAGCAACCGACGAGGCCAAGAUCAGCUGGGUGAAAUAUGAUUCUAAGAAAGUAGCGAGACUCCUCCUGUAGGUGUGUUUUCUUCUCUCAUGCCCUCUCUGACCUUUCUUUUAUGAACUGAUGGUUUACAUGCCCUUUAAGCUUAUGUGUGGUAGCAGAAAACGAAUGUGCCGUAACUAGUCAGGUUGAGCACGUGUGUGUAAGCAUGUGUGCAUUUGUCCGCUCAUACAAUGUUCUGUUUCUGCCAAAGCAGAAGACAUAGAUGGUAUCUGAUGAGUUUACCUUGAGUCAGGAAUAACGGGGCAUUGUCUGACUGUGCUAGCCAGAGAUGAGAGGGAUGGAGAAAGCCAGCGCAACAUCCACUAAUGGAAAUGUGUCGAAUCAAAGCACCAAAUGUGGUUUCAGCUGGUAGUUUUUGUAGCAAAAUACCACAUGAAAUAAAUCAAAUGCUUCCAGGAAAGAGACACUUGAGUUAACUAUCUGAUGGACUGAAAACUGUGAUUCAAAAGAGCAACUUGUGACUCCCAGGAUGUCAUGUACGUUACUGAAUGUUGACAAGACUGAUUAUGAUGUCUUUGGGGGGAUUUUGCCUUGAGCAUCUUUUCAUUGUGACUGAUCAGCCUGUCUCAUAUCACUCUGAUUAGAAAACAGGCUGAUUUCAUGGCAGAGGAAUUUAUUUUAUUUCUAAUUUAUCAAACUAUUUAAAGGUGCAAAUUUUUUUAUUUUCAUGGAGAAAAUGCUGUUUGUUCUUGAUUUCUUUAAAACUAGUUGACUUGCAAGAUCAAAUCGGCUUGUGUCAUUGUGUUAAUACUGUAUGUUAUUACUGGCUUAUCAUGGUUUGCUUCAGAGGACACCGUCAGCACAACAGCGGGUUCAGUAGCAGAGUGGGGAACCGUAACGUCACGUUAGCUCUAAGGGACAGUUGAUAAGGUGAUAUUGUGGAAUGAAGUUGACAGUGUUCAUACCAAAAGCAAGGUCACAUGAUGUCGGAUGUUACUGAUGCCAAUUCUACAACGUUUGCAUGAUGCUGCUGUGAAGCAGAAAGGUUGUAAAAUAUAGCAGUAACUAAGAAAAAAGGUAGUAAAUGGUGAGAAAAUAUCACUUUUCAACCUCACUACCUUAGUUCCUCAUUAUGCAUGUAGGGUUCUGAGUGGACUUGGUAUGUCUUAUCCCUUUGAUUGAGGAUCCAGUGUCUGGAUUUUGCCAUUGUGCUGGUUUUAAAACGUGUUGGUUAACAGGGAAUGGGAGGUCUGUGGGUGGAUCUGGGAUCAGAUUUGUGUGUGCGUGUGUGUGUGUCCCUGUGUGCCGCCAGCCUCCGUGUUUCCCUCUCAGUUUUCUAUUCCUGCACUGAGGGGAGAAUGCUUCCUCCGAGUCCCCCUCCUCUUUUUUAACAUAUACCUCACCUUCUGCCUUAGUUCCGAUUAUUGAAAUGAUUGUAAAUUAGUUUGAAACAACAGACUUCUCCAAUCAUUUGUUUCUGAAAAAAUAUGACGAGUAAGUAAAAUACUAUAUUGCAAAUGGUUUUCCUUUUAUUUUUGUACGUAUGUGCUGUGCACAGCAGUCAACUGUAAUUCUGAGACGACAAUAAAAGAUGUUUU